AUGGCGUUCAAAAGACUCGUUAUCGCUUGGGCGGUCUGGCUCACGUUGCCCCUGGCAACGGGCCAUCUCAACGUGCUCAUUAGCCAGGCUGAAGUUAUGAAAUUGUUAGGUUUAGACGCAGAGUUGUACUACGUUAGAGAAGGCGUCGUGAAUACGUACGCGACGGGUUUCAUAGUUCCCGUACCAGCGCACAUAGCUGACUUAGAGUUCAUGUGGCAGGCUCUUGGGAGAAGACCGUUGCCGUACGUGAUGGGUAUAGACUACGAGAGUAAAGGCGCCAUGCUGCCGCCUCAAGUCAACAUAUCCGAGCGAGGAUACGUGCCUACUACUUUGCAGACUUUUAGAGUAAGGCUACCUUGUACGGGAUCCAGGAGUGCAGAAAUUCUUGUUACAAUGCAGUUGAAUAUUUCGGCACCCGAUCGCGCUCAUAAAGAUGUGCGAUUGACUUUUAAGAGAAACAAAAUAUGUCUAAAAGGUUUAUCAACAAUCGUUACCCACAACGAAACGGCUAGAUUAGCGGGCGACGCUAACCGGAGUUCUGGAGGAGUGUUGUUUGCGGCGGGUGGGUGUGCUGCGGCCGCUUUAGCCCUACUUGCUGGUGCUGCUGCCGCUGGCACUCUAUAUAAACGGGGGAAUAAAGCCAGGCACCAUGACUCUAUACACACAUCGUACACUACUGCGGCGUAUGGAAGUCACCAAAAUGUGCUGUUGCGUUUGGACACGCUCGGUAGGCCGCCAAGCUCGACCGGAUCCUAUGCAACGAUAGCAAGCCUGCAUAAAUUUCCUUUUGGUAGCCGUAGAUCACCCUCGCCUUACGCAACGACGCACAUAGGUGAACAUAUCUACGCUAAGCCAGAGUCUCGAGUAUCUUACUAUGCAGCAUCCAAUCUUACUCAUGUAUCUCAGCAAACAAUAACAAAAGACCGCAUAACGGAUCCAGGUGAACAACUACGUCUGUUGACUACUUUGAGGUCGAAUAUUCGCCUUGAAAUUUUAGUUCACGAAGGUACGUUUGGAAGAGUUUACAAGGGAGUCUUCAAGCGCGGUGACACGUAUGAAGAGGUUUUAGUAAAGACUGUUUCUGAAGCUGCAUCAGCGAUGCAAGCGGCAUUGCUAGUGGCUGAAGGACUUAGGCUAUGUGGGUUGGUACAUGGUAAUGUGCUAGUACCAAUGGCAGCGUGUGCAGAAGAAGCCAGGAAACCUUUGUUAGUGUAUUGUUGCGUAUCGCAUUCUUCCAAUUUAAAAAGAUUCUUAACAUCGUGUCGUCUGGGUCACCAAACAGCUCCCGCUACUCGCGAGCUUGUAGACCUAGGCGCGCAAGCUGCGUGUGGCCUAGCGUAUCUCCAUGUCCAACGAGUAGUACACGCUGAUAUUGCUGCUAGGAAUUGCAUAGUUGAUGAGAAAUUGAGACUGAAAGUGACAGACAAUGGUUUAUCUCGGGAUUUAUUCCCGGAUGAUUAUCACUGUUUGGGUGAUAAUGAGAACAGGCCAGUGAAGUGGAUGGCGCCUGAAUCGCUGUUACAGAACCAAUACACUACUGCAUCAGAUGUCUGGUCAUUAGGUAUAACACUAUGGGAACUAGCAACAUUGGGGUCGUCACCUUUAGCAGAACUAGAUGCUGCUGACGUUGGAGCCUUCCUUAAUGGAGGAUAUAGACCUUCUCAACCACACAAUUGUCCUGAUGAAUUGUAUGGCCUAAUGUCAUGGUGUUGGACCACUUCACCGCCCGCGCGACCAACUGCGCCUCAACUAUUAGCAGCACUUCACGACUUCCGGCAAGCGCUCAGUACUUAUAUA